UGUCUACAAAACCAGAAUAUCACAUCUCCUGCCAGUACUCCUCUCUCCACGCUUCUCGCGUACAUCCCUGGUCGUCUGCCCUUCAACAACACACAAUCGUUUGACCAACAUGUCGGACUGUCCCGGCAGUGGCCGCAAACGUUUUCCCACAGACCCACAUUGCGUCGCCUAGUUGCCACCACGCUGAACACAGUCGCUCUCAUAGCCACUUCUCCUCACGCUUCACCUUUUCGACUCUCUUCCUUUCUUUCUCUCUCUCUCGCCCUUCCACACCUUGUCGCCAUGGCAGCCGAAGCCGCAAGCCAAGUCAUCGUCACACAACAUUUGGCUGCUUCAUCCUCGGCACGCGUCCUGCUCGUCGACGUCCCCACGCGUGAAGAGCCCGUGGUGGUGAAGCAAAAGGAGGUCCGCGAAGCUUCGGCAGACGCCGUCCGCCAAAUGGCCACUGAGGUCAGUAUUCUGGCGGCGUUGGACCACCCCAACAUUGUCCGCCACUUUGACUCGGUCCUCCUCGCGGACCACCUCGCCAUCACCACCGAGUACCUUGCGGGCGGAUCGCUUGCGGCCGUCAUCGACAACGCCCGCUCCUCGCGCUCGCGCCUCGACGAGGAUUUUGUCUUGCAAGUCGCCACCCAGCUCGGCCUGGCCAUUCACUACCUCCAUCGCCACUCGAUCCUCCACCGCGACAUCAAGCCAGAGAACGUGCUCCUCGCCGCCGACGGACACGUCAAGCUCAGCGGCUUUGCCCUCGCAGCCAUCCUAUCCAAGGAGCAACCGCUUGCCAGCGACCUUGUCGGCGCGCCGUACUAUUUUGCUCCAGAAUUGUUUGCCAACGAGCCGUACGGCCCCAAGGCCGAUGCCUGGGCCUUUGGUGUCACACUCUACAUGACUUGCGCCCGGAAGCUGCCGUUCAAGGCCAAUUCGCUCGACAAUCUGGCCAAGACUGUCGUCGACGACAAGCCACCGCCGCUCUCGCGCACAUACUCGCGCACCCUCCGUUCCAUCGUCCGCAGUCUCCUGGUCAAGCUCGCCGACGAGCGUGCAUCGACGGCAGACAUCUUGCGCAUCGAGGACAUCCGUGCCCGCGCCCGCUCCUCGCUCUCACCCUCGUCCUACCACCGCCAGUUCAAGUCAUCUCCUUUCGUUCUCUCGCUCGCUGACGAGGGCAUGUACGUCCGCCAGCCUGAUCCGCUGCACUCGAUCCUCGACUCGACUCACGGCCAGCGCAGCUUUCUCCAUCCGCUUGCCUCUCGCUCAGACCUAUCUUCUGACGCCUCCUCGCAGCCGCACCUUUCCCUCUCGGGUGACGAAUCGAUCUUUCCCGUCAAGGAGCGCGCCUUUCCACAUCUUGUUCAGCUCGCCCAUGAGCUUACCUUUCCGGCGUCGGUUUCCACGCCGCAGGCCGAGCACAAUGCCCGCUCGUCCGAGCCUUGGGACUCGGGCAUCCAUCUUGACCUCGGUCCCCACAUGCGCUCACUCAUCGCGUUUCGCAAGCUCUGGCUCUCGGGUGCCCUCGAUUGGACAGCCUCGCCUGCCAUCAUGCCCCAUGUCUCGUACAUCGCCGACGAUCUUCAUCUCCAAUCCCACAGCUCAUCGUCGUCGCCGUCAUAGCCGUUGCGGUAGUGCCGUUUGCAGCAACGCUCCCAUCAAUCUGCUGGUGUGGUCAAACUACCGCGAAAGGCGCUAAAACUUUACCCGCUCUAGGAACACAAGGAGAUCCUCGCUGCCGCCGCCAGUCCGCACCAGCAGCUUGUCGCCGGCCACGGAGAGAAGCAGCUUGCGCGACCGCAGCAUGUACACAAAAUCUUCGACCUUAAACAGCGGAAGUGAGA